AUGGUGAAAUAUCAACAAGAAAAAUAUGACAUACUGGAUGCUCAAAAAGACUCUCCAAUCGCACCUAGAUUAAAAAUUCAUAAAGAAAAUGUCCUAGUGAUAGAAGCGAAGUGUUAUGGGAAGUGGACACCGGCUAUGAGAUACGACAUCGCCCAUCGUCGUAAUGUUUGGGAAAAUCGAUUACCAGAUGGAUCAAUGGCUGACGUGGGAAUGUUAAAUGAGGAGUUGGCUGAGCGAGCGAAAGAAGACGCAAAACAUUUUAACGAUUAUAAGUACAUUGAUAACCCAUAUGCAUUUGGGAAUGUGAUGCAGAACAUUAGUCCGAUAAAUGGAGAGACUUACCCAGAACACGCGUCUUGGGAUUUGAACAAUGUGCUAAUCGACACUCAAGCUGAAAUGUUGACUGGUAGAAGUUUGUCGUCAGUAACUAAUCAACCAGUAGCACAGCCAUUAACCAGGGCACCAGUGUCGGGGAAAGUGGCGGGCAACGGGUUCAAAGGGAGACACUAUAAUCCAAUGUUCGACCGCACAAGCCCAUUCUUCAAUCGUAAUCUUCAAUCUCAUGCAACCUUCUCAACUCCUUAUCAUAAUCCUAUACCGCCAAACUAUCACAAUGAUUCAUAUCAAAACCAAAGAGGAGGUCGAGGAGGUGGUUGUGGUAAUGGUUAUAGGGGCAGAGGUUCGUCAGGAGUACAUGGUGGUAGCAAUCGUCCUGCAAUUGGUCCUGGCAGCUUUGAUAAGGCAGUAGCAGCUAAGGGAGGAGAGAAAUCAGGCGCAGCUUCAGGCUCUACUGAGAAUUUGAGAUAA